AUGGAGAAGAUAGUUCAUUUGGAUUUUAAAGGUGCACCUUUGAAAGUCUCUUAUUUAGAGAAGCUGUUCAGCAUUAUCAAAGAAUGGGGUGGAACAGGGCUACUUAUAGAGUGGGAAGAUACAUUUCCUUUUACUGCAGAUUUGGAGUGCAUCGGCAGUUCAAAUAAUUCCGGGGGAGAUGGAAUGUACUCUCAUGAAGAAGUGAAAGAUAUAAUGCUUUGUGCAAAGGCAAAUGGCCUAGAAGUUAUUCAACUAAUUCAAACCAUAGCUCAUAUGGAAUAUGUGUUAAAGCAUCCAAAGUUUUGUCAUCUUAAAGAAUCAUUGCCAUCACCAGCUGUUUUAUGCCCAACAAAACCUGAUUCUUUGCCACUGGUUUGUAACUUGAUUGAUGAUAUAUUAAAUGCUCAGCCAGAAGCCAAAUAUAUCCAUAUCGGUGCUGAUGAGGUUUGGCACACAGCAGUCUGUCAUUCAUGUCAACAUAAAGCGGCCACACAUAAAUACAAAGUGGCCUCACUGUUUUUAGAUCAUAUACAAGCUGUGAUAUUGUAUGUGAAGCAACGCAGGCCCAAUAUCACAAUAUUAAUGUGGGAUGAUAUGUUGCGGCCUAUGACUGUUGAGACGUUACAAGCAUACAACUUGCGAGAUUUAGUUCAACCAGUUAUAUGGAACUAUAGCUCAGUAGAACAUUUUCAAAUUGACCGGACAUUAUGGGAGAAGUAUGAAAACCUUUUUUCUCAUGUAUGGGCCGGCUCUGCGUUUAAAGGGGCCAAUGGGAGUAGUCAGAUGCUGUCACGAGUUGCUCGGUAUGUCAGUAAUCAAGAGGCAUGGCAAAGGGAAAUCAGUAAGAAACCAAAUGGCAUUCAUUUCAAUGGAGUCAUACUAACUGGCUGGUCAAGAUACGACCAUUACGCGACAUUGUGUGAAUUGCUUCCCGUUGCUCUUCCCAGUUUGUUUAGCUGUCUUAGAAUUUGGACUCAACCUAUGGAGACUAAUGAAAUAGCCAGCGAAGUUUUGCCAGAGGAAGAAUGGCCUGGCAUAGAAGUCGCUAGAUGUAUUCACUCGUUCGUCAUGUUGAGAGAGCGAAGUUAUUCAUUACUACACGGAGACAUAGUAGCGACGUGGCUAAAUCCCUGGCAAAUCAAAAUGUCCUACACAAGUCCGGUACAAGUUGAAAGCGUGGCAAAUGCUUCGAAAACAAUUUUAACUGAUCUCAAAGGACUGUAUGCGGAAACGAAGAAACAAUUGGAACAAAUCACAGGAAAAAGGAGUACUGAGGAAUGGAUAGUAGCGUUUUUCGAUACCAUAUUGAAGAAUAUCGAGGAAUUGAACAGGGUUGCCAGCUUAAGGCGACAAGUCGGGGCUAGUGUUACGCCAACUUAUUCAUAG